CAUCUCCUCCCGGGUUAGACAAGUCCAAGUGAACGUUGCACCUGAGUCAGAACAGAAGUCAUCAUGUCCACCUUUCACCGUGGGUUUACCAGCUCUCCCAUGUCCUGCACGAAGACCGGCUUCAGCAGGGGGUCUAGGAGCGUGUACGGCGGUGCAGAUGGUAGAAGUGUCCGCGUGUCCUCCGUCUCCAACGGGCUCGGCGCUGGUUUUGACUUGGGAUGUGCCCUCGGGGGCGGCAGCAGUAUGGGCAUCUGUGGCAGCGAGAAGCAAACCAUGCAGAACCUCAACGACCGCCUGUGCAACUACCUGCAGAAGGUGCGCGCUCUGGAGUCCGCCAAUGCGCAGCUCGAGUGUCAAAUCCGGGAAUGGAUGGCUAAGCAAGCCCCCUGUGCCAGGGACUACAGCAAGUAUGAGCAAAUCAUCGAGGACCUGCGCAGAAAGAUUUAUUGUGCGUCACUAGACAAUGCCAGGCUGAUGCUGCAGAUUGACAACGCCAGACUGGCAGCAGAGGAUUUCAAAAUGAAGUAUGAGAAUGAGCUGGCAGUGCGUAUGUCCGUGGAGGCCGACAUCAUGGGACUGCGCAAGGUUCUGGAUGACCUCACCAUGGCACGGUCGGACCUGGAGAUGCGGGUGGAGGGCCUGAAGGAGGAACUGCUCUACCUGAGGAAGAACCAUGAGGAGGAGAUGGCGGCAAUGAGUGGCCAGGUUAGCUCUGUGAAUGUGGAGGUGGACGCCGGGUGUCAGGAGGAUAUGUCCAAGGUCCUGGAUCAGAUCAGAUGUCAGUAUGAGGGCAUCGCUGAGAAGAACCGCCGUGAAAUGGAGGCCUGGUACAAGGCCAAGUUUGACGAACUCAACCAGCAUGUUGCAGCCAGCACAGAGACCCUCCAGACCUCCCGCACUGAGAUCAACGACCUGAAGAGGACCCUGCAGGCCCUGCAGAUCGAGCUGCAGUCCCAGCAAAGCCUGAAAUGUGCCUUGGAGGGCCAGCUUUCAGAGACGGAGAACCGCUACAGCCAGCAGCUGAGCCAUCUCCAGAACAUGGUCUACUCCCUGGAGAACCAGCUCCAGGAGAUGAGGAAGGACAUUGAGAGGCAGUCCAAUGAAUACCAGAUCCUGCUUGACAUCAAGACCAGGCUGGAGUUGGAGAUCGCCGAGUACAGGAGGCUGUUGGAUGGAGGAGGAACUCCCAGAUGUGGAACUGUGACAGUCAAAGAAGUUGUCCAACAACAGGAAGUCGUUGUUAAACCACGCAUUGUCCAAAGGAAAAUUGUGGUGGUUGAGCAGAUUGUUGAUGGAAAAGUGGUGUCACGCACAGAACAAGCCCAGUGAAACAUGAUCAACACAUCUGAUGUCCCUCCCAGCUGAAGACUUGCUAUGUUUUUGUCAUUGUCUAAGCAAUGGAAAAGGUCAAUAAAAAAUACUAUGCAUUUAAUCUUCUGUCAAAUAUUGUUUCAAAAUGAAUCAAUCACAUGCAAUCACAAAAAUUAAAUUAGACCGUUGACCAAGGGUUUGCCAAUCUCUGAGAUGUUAAGAAUGUUCUUAAUUAGGACCAAUCUUCCCAUAAAUCUUGUGCAAAAUCUAUUGUGAAAGGGAUAUUUUCAAUUUCCUAAUAAACAUCUUUCUUCCACUA